UGCCUUCGUCGUGCACGCUGCCCGCGCGCGUCGCGAUCCACGACCACUCGUCGACCGCUGCGUCCUCGACCCGGCCUCGUCCCGCUGCCCGAACAAAAGCAGCUGUCGUGAUACAUAGAUGAAACACGAGUCACUAGAUGGUAGAAUGUGAAGGAUUGGACUGUGCCAGGUCCAAAGAUAAAACCAGCGGUUUUAGAAAAGAAACAAGAUUUCGUCCACCACGGCUUUUACCGAGAUGGUUGGAUUGGCGGGCGGGGGAAGUCACUUGUAUCCCUCGCCCCCCAUGCAACCAAAUCCAGAGUUGAGAGAGAUGACCGGGAUAGCGCCCAGCGCUCCAACCAGCGCCGAUGCCUGCUUAAGCAUUGUACACUCGUUGAUGUGUCAUCGUCAAGGUGGUGAAAGCGAAGGCUUCAGCAAACGAGCAAUUGAAUCGCUUGUGAAGAAACUUAAAGAAAAACGUGACGAGUUGGACAGCUUGAUCACUGCGAUAACUACCAAUGGUGCACAUCCAAGUAAAUGUGUCACUAUCCAAAGAACCUUGGACGGUAGAUUGCAAGUAGCGGGACGAAAAGGUUUUCCUCAUGUGAUUUACGCUCGAAUCUGGAGAUGGCCGGACUUGCACAAAAAUGAACUGAAACACGUGAAAUACUGUCAGUUCGCUUUUGAUCUGAAAUGCGAUUCCGUAUGCGUGAAUCCCUAUCACUAUGAGCGAGUGGUAUCUCCGGGCAUAGACCCGUUCUUUACAGACCUAUCUGGCCUGACGUUGCAAUCCGGCGUGGGUGUGGGACCCGGCGGUAGGCUGGUUAAGGACGAGUACACGGUCGGCGGCGGCGGCACGGCUGCCGCGGCGGCCGCCGCCGCGGUCGGAUCCGCGAUGGACGUGGACGGCGAGAUGAAUCAGACGAUUCAGCAUCAUCCGCCGGCUCAACCGACCGCCUCGAACAACGCGCAGCAGGCUCAGCAGGGCUUCAUACCGGGCUUACCACCGCCCAAUCCGACCAGUACUGAGGGUAUGUUUAGCGCCGGUGGGGGCGGCAAUAAUGGUAAUCCCCAUGCUAAACUGGACGACAAUAAUUGCCCCAGGCAAACCUGGAUUCCCACGCCUCAUCACUCGGCAGGCCGUAACAUGCAUCAUCCAGUAGUACAUCCAAUGAGUCACACCGUAGGUAGCCAGCAACAGUCGCUGAAUGCCGCGUCGAGCGGAACGUCCGGCGCGCAGAUUCUGAGUCCCGCGCAAGGACAAUCGACCGCCGACACGUUCUACAGCACUACCACUCCACCGCAGGAUAUCAAUCAACCUCCGACAGUCGACGCGUUAGCGGCUUCACUGGGUGAAGGACAGAGUUCUCCUGUGUCGCCUGUGCAUCUUCAUCAUCCGAACGGCUUUCCCGUGGGUACAGCACCAUACAAUUCCGGUGCGCCGCAAUGGACUGGUGCCAAUACUCUCACGUACACUCAAAGCAUGCAACCACCAGAUCCUCGACAUCUUCAUACAACGUCGUAUUGGGGAGGCCAUGGAAAUGACGUCAGUGGAAACAUCGGAGGAUUGCUCUCUACGCAACCAGCACCGGAAUAUUGGUGUUCCGUUGGUUACUUCGAAUUGGACAUCCAAGUUGGAGAGACAUUCAAAGUCAGCAGCGGUUGUCCCACAGUCACCGUGGACGGUUACGUGGAUCCGAGUGGCGGAAAUAGAUUCUGCUUAGGUGCCUUGAGCAACGUGCACAGAACGGAACAGAGCGAACGGGCGCGUCUUCACAUAGGGAAGGGCGUUGUAUUGGAUUUGAGGGGUGAAGGUGACGUUUGGUUGAGAUGCCAGAGCGAGCAUAGCGUCUUCGUACAGUCUUACUAUCUGGAUAGAGAGGCGGGCCGAGCACCUGGUGACGCGGUACACAAAAUCUACCCUUCGGCGUACAUUAAAGUCUUCGAUUUGAGGCAGUGUCACAAACAGAUGCGAGGCCAAGCCGCCACCGCUCAAGCCGCCGCAGCAGCGCAAGCUGCAGCUGUCGCGGGUCAUCUCACGCAUGGAGCGCCUAUCACCAAAAGUCUCAGCGCGGCUGCGGGGAUUGGAGUCGACGAUUUACGAAGACUUUGUAUCCUGCGUUUGAGUUUCGUUAAAGGAUGGGGUCCAGAUUACCCGCGACAAAGCAUAAAAGAAACUCCAUGCUGGAUUGAGGUGCAUUUACAUAGAGCGCUUCAACUGCUGGAUGAAGUGUUGCAUACGAUGCCCAUCGAUGGACCACGAGCAAUCGAAUAAUUCCAUCGAUUCGAAUUACGAGAGACGUGAAGAGAGCGUCACGAUGUUGUUGAAGUCAAGUGCGCAAGUGUAACAUAGCGUCGUUUGAACAAUCAUGCGAGUAAUUUUGGCUUGGCGAACGCGAGUGAGCGAACCGGACGGACCGGAAAUUCAUUCAGAAAUGAUUGAAACGCGAAAUUCGGCCGGGAAGCUCGGGGGAAGAGAUCUUGCGGAAGCUAUUUAUAUAUUUAACGACUCGUGAUAUAAUAACCUGUGUAGAGGACAGGGGUUCCCAAACUCUUCGACGUCCAUGUUAGUCCGUAGAGAUAAAGUAUAUGUAUAUUCUAAAUUUCUAUAUAUUUUGCAUGUGCAUAUUUUUUUAUCAUAGAGUAUACAUUAUGUAACUCGUCUCUAUUUUUUUAUUUGCAACUUUUGUUAGACAAUCGAAGAGAAGAAAGGGAAAGGCCAAUAUAUGUCAUCACAUAUGAUGCAUAAAUGACUUAUUAUUACAUUUGAAUUUUUAUAUGUCGAGCUUUAGAAGAUUUUUUGAAUCUUGUAUCAUGGUCGCAGAAUUUCUAUAAAUGGCGAGAAAAAUUCCCUUUGGGAUGGGAAUGAUUAAAUCAGAAAUCAAUAAUUUAAUUAUUAAUUUGUUUAAUAUACUUUAUUAAAUAAAGUAUUUAUUAUUUACACGUAAUAUUGCGACUGAAACAGAAUUUGAUGUAAUUUUUAUUUUUGUUACUAUUGUUUCUCAGCCAUAAUGAUCAUAUGGAGGAAUUGAAGCAUUUGUAAUAUGUUAUAUUCAUUAUAGUAUUUUACUUUAUAAUCCUAUAUUGAAAAAAAUUUAAAUUUUUUAAUAUUUGAUAUUCUGUUUGAAUGUUCUAUACGAUAAUACGAUUGUGUUUACACUCUUGAAUCAUAAAAUCAUUAUUUCUUAAAUAAGAAACUUUUUUUAUUUCAUAUAUUUUGAAUUUAAAUUUAUUGAUGUUUAAUUUGUUUUAUCUAAUUUGAUAAACUAAUAUACUUGGAAAAAAUGAGAUCAGGUUAUAUAUUGAAAAAGGAUUCCGAUUGAAAAGUUCGAUUUGAAAAGUGAUAUGUCGCUGAAUAUAUGAUAGUUCGAUGACAAGAAAAAAGGCUGAAAACUGUCAUUUCCCUUAUUCUUAUUUUCCUCUUCGCUUCGGUAGUUUUUUUUUUACUGGUUUGAGAACCCCUGCUGUAGGAUAAACUAUGUGCCACGGCCUUGCACUACCACCAACGUACAAAAGUGAAAGAAACGUUAUUUUUAUUUACGAGAUGUAAUUUUUUACGGAGAGAGACGACACAAGGCGUCUCAUCAACAGAGGAGCAGAAGAAAAUAGAAUGGCAGUCUUCUAUUUUGCUAGGCGCGCAAUGGGGAGAUUUCCUCGGCGGCGCGCAGUCCGUUAAGCUCACCAGUGAUACCAGUUUCAGAAUCAUUACAUAGUCACGACCCUGUUCUCCGAGAUUAGCUUUGUAAGAUAACUGAACUAUUGUCUACAUUUAUUACUUACCGCGAAAUGUUAAGCUCAACAUUUAUAUCGGACAAGAGGACAGUCUUGCUUUUCUGGAUUCCUCGACUUGUGAACGUGAGAUAAAGGAGUGUGUUAAAACUUACUUAAAUUCAAAGAGAGAAUAAUGAAUUUAUGAGCAAGUUUUAAAAUUUAAUAAUCCAAGCAGAACUGGAAAGGGAGAACAUCGAUGUUGAUUUCGAGCUUUCCUAUGAAAUUUAACAAUUAGGAUCUGUGCAUCCCGACGUAAACGUUCAAGGAUCUAGGAAUCCAGAGAUCUUGGACUCCAGGGAUCUCAGAACCCAGGAAUCUUGAAGUCCGAGGAUCUAGGAAUCCGAAGACGAUAAGAGUCCUAGGACAUUAAGAAUUAUCUUUACGCACGUGUAUACAGUAGGGAGAUCUUCUCUAAAGACACAGUAAUACAUUUCUGCCAAGUAGCAAGCAUAGAUAGCUCGUAAGGAUCACUCACGCAUACACGCAGUUAUAAUAAUCCUUCGUAAGGAUAAAUCCUUUUUGUAUUUAAAUUCGCAUAGAGGAAAUAUCAUGGUGUCAUACAUUUUUCUGAUUUGUGAAAGGAUCACACUUAGAAAACGUAUUUAUCACAGUUUAUAUCUAUAUUAUAUAGGCAUAGCUGUAGCGAUUAUAUUGGCAGAAAUUUGGUACAGUGGCGUUAGAAUUAUUUGUUUAUUAUUGAAUGGGUAACUUGUUUAUUGUCUGUUUUACAGUUUAUAACCAAAAACUAUUUUAUAUACAUAGAGAGACGAUUGAAGUUCUAUAAUGAGCAUACUUGUUCAUCUUUUUUUUUUAUUUCUUCGUUUCGUGAAAUAAAAUCUUUUAAUUUCUUAGUUA